GAGGCUUGGCUGGUGAGCAGGGCAUUUGAGGCUGUCUGGGACUGGGCCUCAGGUCUCCAGUACAGUUACUGUGGCUGGAAAGAUGCAAGAAGGGCUUGACAGCCUGCCCUGAGAGUGCUCAGUCUGUGCUUUCUCCAGAACCCCAUGGUUGGGCCCUUUGACUCCAGGACCAAGAAUCUGUGAGUCUGAACAGCAGAAUCUGUGGACCAGAACCAGGUUCCCCCAGGCACCAUGUCAGCCUCAUAGCAGGACCCAACCCAGGACUUCUGCUGUACCCCAUUGCUGGAGUGCUUCUUCCAUGAGACAGUCCACUUCCAACUCCAUCUGGCUGUUACUGAGGCGGAGACAAGGGUGAUGAUUGGCUUUCUGGGGAUAGAGAAGUCUUGUGAUUGGCUAAAUUUCUGAAGCUCUUGAAGCUGUGCGAGGACGCUCCCACGGAGGCUGGAAUUGGUUGCAGAAGGCCAGAGACUGUCACCUGGGAACAGUGGGCACUCUUGUUAAGGGCAGUUGGAGCUGGACCAUCGUGCCAGAGAGCUGGGGCCGGGGGCUGUGCCCCAUCUCCAGGGCUCCUGGGGCCACUGCUGACCUGGCUGGAUGCAUCGGGCAGUGGACCCUCCAGGGGCCCGCUCUGCACGGGAAGCCUUUGCCCUUGGGGGCUUGAGCUGUGCUGGGGCUUGGAGCUCCUGCCCACCCCAUCCUCCUCCCCGAAACUCAUGGCUGCCUGGAGGCAGAUGCUCUGCCAGCAUUGGGCAGCCCCCACUCCCUGCUCCUUUACCCCCUUCUCAUGGCAGUAGCUCCGGGCACCCUAACAAAUCCUAUUAUGCUCCUGGGACACCAACCCCAAGACCCCUCCAUGGGAAGUUGGAAUCCCUACAUGGCUGUGUGCAGGCAUUGCUUCGGGAGCCAGCCCAGCCAGGGUUAUGGGAACAGCUUGGACAGUUGUAUGAGUCGGAGCAUGACAGCGAGGAGGCCGUAUGCUGCUACCACAGGGCCCUUCGCUAUGGUGGAAGCUUCGCUGAGCUGGGUCCCCGAAUUGGCCGAUUGCAGCAGGCCCAGCUCUGGAACUUUCAUGCUGGUUCCUGUCAGCACAGAGCCAAGGUCCUGCCCCCCCUGGAGCAAGUAUGGAAUUUGCUGCACCUUGAGCACAAACGGAACUAUGGGGCUAAGCGAGGGGGCCCUCCAGUGAAGAGAUCUGCUGAACCCCCAGUGGUCCAGCCUAUGCCUCCUGUAGCACUCUCAGGCCCCCCAGGAGAGGAGGGCCUCAGCCCUGGAGGCAAGCGCAGAAGAGGCUGCAGCUCUGAACAGGCUGGCCUUCCCCCAGGUCUGCCACUCCCUCCACCCCCACCUCCACCUCCACCCCCACCCCCACCUCCACCCCCACCACCGCCACCGCUGCCUGGCCUGGCUAUUAGUCCCCCAUUUCAGCUGACUAAGCCAGGGCUGUGGAACACCCUGCAUGGAGAUGCUUGGGGCCCCGAGCGCAAGGGUUCAGCACCCCCAGAGCGCCAGGAGCAGCGGCACUCGCUGCCUCAUUCAUAUCCAUACCCAGCUCCUACCUACACUGCUCAUCCGCCCAGCCAUCGGCUGGUCCCGGCCACACCCCUUGGUCCAGGUCCCCGACCCCCAGGAGCAGAGAGCCAUGGCUGCCUGCCUGCCACCCGUCCCCCCGGAAGUGACCUUAGAGAGAGUAGAGUUCAGAGGUCGCGGAUGGACUCCAGCGUUUCACCAGCAGCAUCUACCGCCUGUGUGCCUUACGCCCCUUCCCGGCCCCCUGGCCUCCCCGGCACCAGCAGCAGCAGCAGCAGCAGCAGCAGCAGCAGCAGCAGUAGCAGUAACAACACUGGUCUUCGGGGUGUGGAGCCGAGCCCAGGCAUUCCUGGCGCUGAUCAUUACCAAAACCCUGCGCUGGAGAUAUCCUCUCACCAGGCCCGCCUGGGUCCCUCCGCACACAGCAAUCGGAAACCAUUUUUGACGGCCCCUGCUGCCACUCCCCACUUACCCCUGCCACCCGGGACCCCAUCAUCCCCACCGCCCCCAUGUCCUCGCCUCUUGCGCCCUCCACCACCCCCUGCUUGGAUGAAGGGCUCAGCCUGCCGCGCAGCCCGAGAGGAUGGAGAGAUCUUAGGGGAGCUCUUAUUUGGUGCUGAGGGACCUCCCCGUCCUCCUCCCCAACCCCUUCCCCACCGUGAUGGCUUCUUGGGGCCUCCAAACCCCCGCUUUUCCGUGGGCACUCAGGAUUCGCAUACCCCUCCCGCUCCCCCAACCUCCACCACCAGCAGCAGCAGCAGCAGCAGCCACAGCAGUAGUCCUACUGGGCCGGUGCCCUUCCCACCUCCCCCCUAUCUGGCCAGAAAUAUAGAUCCCCUCCCCAGGCCAUCCAGCCCAACAUUGAGCUCCCAGGACCCACCUCUUCCACCGCUGACUCUUGCCCUGCCUCCAGCCCCUCCCUCCUCCUGCCACCAAAAUACCUCAGGAAGCUUCAGGCGCUCGGAGAGCCCCCGGCCCAGGGUCUCCUUCCCAAAGACCCCCGAGGUGGGGCAGGGGCCACCCCCAGGCUCUCUGAGUAAAGCCCCCCAGCCUGUGCCACCUGGGGUUGGAGAGCUGCCCGCCCGAGGCCCGAGGCUCUUCGAUUUUCCCCCCACACCACUGGAGGACCAGUUUGAAGAGCCAGCUGAGUUCAAGAUCCUACCUGAUGGGCUGGCUAACAUCAUGAAGAUGCUGGAUGAAUCCAUUCGGAAGGAGGAGGAACAGCAGCAGCAGGAGGCAGGCGUGGUUCCCCCACCCUCACUCAAAGAGCCCUUUGCAUCUCUUCAGCCUCCAUUCUCCAGUGACACAGCCCCAGCAGCUGCCACCACCACCACUGCUGCUGCCUCUACCGCCACCGCCACCACCACCACCACCACCACCACAACCACCACCCAAGAAGAGGAGAAGAAGCCACCACCAGCCCUGCCACCACCACCGCCUCUAGCCAAGUUUCCUCCACCUACCCAGCCACAGCCCCCACCACCUCCACCAGCCAGCCCAGCCAGCCUGCUCAAAUCAUUGGCCUCUGUUCUUGAGGGACAAAAGUACUGUUAUCGGGGGACCGGAGCAGCCGUUUCAACUAGGCCCGGGUCCGUGCCCGCCACUCAGUAUUCCCCUAGUCCUGCAUCAGGUGCUACCGCCCCACCACCCACUUCAGUGGCCCCUAGCGCCCAGGGCUCUCCCAAGCCCUCUGUUUCCUCGUCAUCUCAGUUCUCUACCUCAGGUGGGCCUUGGGCCCGGGAGCGCAGGGCAGGUGAAGAGCCAGCACCAGGCCCCGUGACCCCUGCCCAGUUGCCCCCACCUCUGCCGCUGCCCCCUGCUCGUUCUGAGUCUGAGGUGCUAGAAGAAAUCAGUCGGGCUUGUGAGACCCUUGUAGAGCGGGUGGGCCGGAGUGCCAUCAACCCAGCAGACCCCGUGGACACACCAGACCCAGUGGACAGUGGGACUGAGCCACAGCCGCCUCCUGUGCAGGCCAAGGAGGAGAGUGGGGGGUUGGCGGUGGCGGCAGCAGGUCCCGGUAGUGGAAAGCGUCGUCAGAAGGAGCAUCGGCGGCACAGACGGGCCUGUAGGGACAGUGUGGGUCGUCGGCCCCGCGAGGGGAGGGCCAAGGCCAAGGCCAAGGCUCCCAAAGAAAAAAGCCGAAGGGUGCUGGGGAACCUGGACUUGCAGAGUGAGGAGAUCCAGGGCCGGGAGAAAGCCCGGCCUGAUGUAGGUGGGGCUUCCAAAGUCAAGACACCCACAGCUCCAGCGCCCCCACCUGCUCCUACACCCUCUGCUCAGCCAACGCCCCCAUCAGCUCCUGUCCCUGGGAAGAAGACUCGAGAGGAAGCUCCAGGGCCCCCGGGUGUGAGCCGAGCAGAUAUGCUGAAGCUUCGGUCACUUAGUGAGGGGCCUCCCAAGGAGCUGAAGAUCAGGCUCAUCAAGGUAGAGAGUGGGGACAAGGAGACCUUCAUCGCCUCUGAGGUGGAAGAGCGGCGGCUGCGCAUGGCGGACCUCACCAUCAGCCACUGUGCUGCGGAUGUCAUGCGUGCCAGCAAGAAUGCCAAGGUGAAAGGGAAAUUUCGAGAGUCCUACCUUUCCCCUGCCCAGUCUGUGAAACCGAAGAUCAACACCGAAGAGAAGCUGCCCCGGGAAAAACUCAACCCCCCUACACCCAGCAUCUAUCUGGAGAGCAAACGAGAUGCUUUCUCGCCGGUCCUGCUACAGUUCUGUACAGACCCCCGGAACCCCAUCACCGUCAUCAGGGGCCUGGCUGGUUCACUUCGGCUCAACUUAGGCCUUUUCUCCACCAAGACUCUGGUGGAGGCAAGCGGUGAACACACAGUGGAGGUGCGUACCCAAGUGCAGCAGCCCUCAGAUGAGAACUGGGACCUGACAGGUACCAGACAGAUCUGGCCCUGUGAGAGCUCCCGUUCACACACCACCAUCGCUAAAUAUGCACAGUACCAGGCCUCGUCCUUCCAGGAGUCACUGCAGCAGGAGGAGAAGGAGAGUGAGGAUGAGGAGUCCGAGGAACCAGACAGCACUACAGGAACCUCUCCCAGCAGCAGUGCACCGGACCCCAAGAACCAUCACAUCAUCAAGUUUGGCACUAACAUCGACCUGUCUGAUGCCAAGAGGUGGAAGCCACAGUUACAGGAGCUGCUGAAACUGCCUGCCUUCAUGCGGGUAACAUCCACAGGCAACAUGCUCAGCCACGUGGGCCACACCAUCCUGGGCAUGAACACCGUGCAGCUAUACAUGAAGGUCCCUGGCAGCCGAACGCCAGGCCACCAAGAGAAUAACAAUUUCUGCUCUGUCAAUAUCAACAUUGGCCCUGGAGACUGUGAGUGGUUCGCGGUACAUGAGCACUAUUGGGAGACCAUCAGCGCCUUCUGCGAUCGGCAUGGUGUAGACUACUUGACUGGUUCCUGGUGGCCAAUCUUGGAUGACCUCUAUGCGUCCAAUAUUCCUGUUUACCGCUUCGUGCAGCGCCCUGGAGACCUUGUGUGGAUUAAUGCAGGGACUGUGCAUUGGGUGCAGGCUACUGGCUGGUGCAACAACAUCGCCUGGAACGUGGGGCCCCUCACCGCCUAUCAGUACCAGCUGGCCCUGGAGCGAUACGAGUGGAACGAGGUGAAGAACGUCAAGUCCAUCGUGCCCAUGAUUCAUGUGUCCUGGAACGUAGCUCGAACGGUCAAGAUCAGCGAUCCUGACUUGUUCAAGAUGAUCAAGUUCUGCCUCCUGCAGUCAAUGAAGCACUGUCAGGUGCAGCGGGAGAGCCUGGUGCGGGCAGGGAAGAAAAUCGCUUACCAAGGCCGUGUCAAGGACGAGCCUGCCUACUACUGCAACGAAUGCGACGUGGAGGUGUUCAACAUCCUGUUCGUUACAAGUGAGAACGGCAGCCGAAACACGUACCUGGUGCACUGCGAGGGCUGUGCACGCCGUCGCAGCGCGGGCCUACAGGGCGUGGUGGUGCUAGAGCAGUACCGCACGGAGGAGCUGGCGCAGGCCUACGAUGCCUUCACACUGGUGAGAGCGCCGGGGCUCCCGAGGGGGCGCGGGAGCGGCUGGGCCCCACCCCGCCCGCCGCCGCCGCCGCUGCCGCCGCUGAAGCUGCCCACUUUCUCCCCACAGGCUCCCGCCAGCACGUCGCGAUGAGACCGGACGCCCCGCUCGCUCGCCCGCCCACGCCGGGCGCGGGGCGGGGCCACCAGCACACGCCUGGGCUGGACCUAGGUCCCGCCUCUGGCCGGGAAGGGGGUCGGGCCCAGCCCUUCCACCCUAUUGGCAGCUCCCCUCACUUAAUUUAUUAAGAAAAAUUUUUUUAACAAAUACGAGGAAAAAAAAGGAAAAAAAAUGGGAGACGGGGAGGGGGCUGGCAGCCCCUCGCCCACCAGCGCCUCCCCUCACCGACUUUGGCCUUUCUAGCAACAGACACAAGGACCAGGCUCCGGCGGCGGCGGCGGGGGUCACAUACGGGUUCCCUCAAGCCUGCCCGCCGCCCGCCGGCGCAGACGUUCGCGGCUCGUUGUGUAUAUAGACAUUCGGCAGCCGAGGUUUUUAAUGAGAUUCUUUCUAUGGGCUUUACCCCUCCCCCAGAACCUCUUUUUUUUUACUUCCAAUGCUAGCUGUGAUCCCUGUAUAUGUCUCUUGUUUAUUCACUUGGUUAUGAUUCGUAUUUUUGUUCUUUUUGUUUUUUGAUUUUUAAUUUAUAAUAGUCCCACUCACCUCUAUUUAUUCAUUUUUGGUUUUGUUUUUUUUUUUCUUUUUUGGGAAAACCCGACCUCCUACAUCCCCAAGCCAUCCCCCCUGCCUCUCUGGGAGGCCCACUCCUGGGCCCUCCCUGCGCCCCAGUAUAUGUCCGGGCUUGGCCCUUCCGUCUCCGCCCGCCCGCGGCUCCAGCCGGGCUCUCAUGGUGCUCAAACCUGCUCCCCUCCCCUACGUCCUGCACUUUCUUGGACCAGUACCCCCACUCCCGACCCGACCCCGACCCCACCUGAGGGUGAGCGACUCCUGUACUGUAGGGGAAGAAGUGGGAACUGAAAUGGUAUUUUGUAAAAAAAAAAUAAAUAAAUAAAAUAAAAAAAUUUAAAGAAAGAACUAUGAGGAAAAGGAACCCUGUCCUCCCCAGCCUCGGCCAUUUUAAAAACAUUGGACACCUACACAACCCCCCUUUUUUUAAAAGGCGUGAAACAUCCCAGGGCAGGGCCUCUCUGGGGCAGGGACACCCUGGGGUGAUUUUUCUCUGGGGCUUUAUUUUCAUUUUCUUAGUUCGUUUUUUCCCCCUGCUGGGGCUGCGGAGGGGUGGGGGGGUUUACAGUCCCGCCCCCUCGCACUGCACUGUCUCUCUGCCCCAGGGGCAGAGGGGGCUUCCCAUCCCUACCCUAUUUUCGGUGAUUUUUGUGUGAGAAUAUUAUUAAAAAAUAAAAGCAG